GCAAAUGAUAUGAUUGAAGUCAGUCGGUCUGCAUGAUUGGAUUGAUGACACCAUCAUGACUCACUCCCCAUCCCCCUUCUAAUCUCACUUUCAAGACAAAAUUCAGAGAGAAGGAAAAAUCUCAUCUGAAAUUUGACCAUGGCUUCUUCUUCCGAUUCUUCUAUUAAACCACGAGAUGUAUGCAUAGUGGGCGUGGCUCGUACUCCCAUGGGGGGUUUCCUGGGUUCGCUCUCGUCUCUCUCAGCAACCCGGCUGGGCUCUAUUGCCAUCGAAACUGCUCUUAAGAGAGCAAAGGUGGACCCCUCCCUCGUUCAAGAGGUCUUUUUUGGUAAUGUCCUCAGCGCCAAUUUGGGCCAAGCUCCUGCCAGGCAGGCUGCUUUAGGCGCCGGCAUUCCCACCUCCGUCAUUUGCACCACCAUCAACAAAGUCUGUUCUUCCGGCAUGAAAGCCGCUAUGAUCGCCGCACAGACCAUCCAGCUGGGUCAUAAUGAUAUCGUUGUUGCUGGCGGCAUGGAGAGUAUGUCCAAUGCUCCCAAGUAUCUACCCAAUGCCAGACAGGGUUCUCGGUUAGGACAUGAUAAUAUUGUUGAUGGCAUGCUCAAGGAUGGUUUGUGGGAUGUCUAUAAUGACUUUGGAAUGGGAGUUUGUGCUGAAUUAUGUGCUGAAAAGUACUCCAUAUCCAGGGAACAGCAGGAUAAUUAUGCUAUUCAAAGUUUUCAGCGUGGAAUUUCUGCACAAGAUGCUGGGCUCUUUUCAUGGGAAAUUGUUCCGGUUGAAGUUCCUGGAGGACGAGGGAAGCCUUCCACAAUUGUUGACAAGGAUGAUGGCUUACAACAGUUUGAUACUGCCAAAUUGAGAAAGCUUCGACCAAGUUUCAAAAAGAGUGGGGGUUCAGUUACUGCUGGCAAUGCUUCUAUCAUAAGUGAUGGUGCAGCUGCACUAGUGCUAGUGAGUGGGGAGAAGGCACUUGAACUUGGGUUACAAGUAAUUGCUAAGAUUAAGGGAUUUGCUGAUGCAGCUCAGGCACCUGAGUUAUUUACAACUGCUCCAGCGCUUGCAAUACCAAGGGCUAUUUCAAAUGCUGGUUUGGAGGCUUCUCAAAUCGAUUACUAUGAGAUAAAUGAGGCAUUUGCUGUGGUGGCUCUUGCCAAUCAAAAGCUUCUUGGUCUUAAUCCUGAAAGAGUUAACGCCCAUGGUGGAGCUGUAUCUUUGGGACAUCCAUUGGGAUGCAGUGGAGCUCGUAUCUUGGUCACUUUAUUGGGGGUACUGAGGCAGAAAAAUGGGAGGUAUGGGGUUGGGGGUAUCUGCAAUGGCGGAGGUGGUGCAUCUGCCUUUGUACUUGAGCUCAUGUAA